AUGGAGGGUUUACAGAAGUUUUACAGCAAGAUAGUGGAAGACACGAAAUCGGCAGCUUCGUCUUCUUCCUCUUCUCUUUCUGAUUUUGCCGAAAAUCUGAUGAAGGAAAAACGAGUCACCAGCAACGCGACUUCAUACGACGGAGCCGGGAUUUUGGUCAACAGACCUCCGAGCGGAGUUUCGGGGUGGACAUGUUCGAAGCUAUGCGCUGUUUUCUUCGUCGCUGGAGUGUGUGUGGGUUAUACGCUUAAGAGACGGGUUCGAAAGUGGGCUUCUAAAUUGCUAAGAAGGAUCAAAGAUGAUUAA